AUGAGGGUGUUAGUCCGGCGCUGUUGGGGGCCUUGGCCCGUGUGUGGCUGUCCCGGCGGUAGGCCUAGCCCCCAGUGGCGAGCGCUGGCUGGGCUUGGAGGGUCCCCUGGCGGGGAGGAUGGCCGGGGCGUCCGAGUCCGCGAGAAGCCGCCCUGGCGGGUGCUCUUCUUCGGCACGGACCAGUUCGCCCGAGAGGCGCUGCGGGCGCUGCACGCCGCCAGGGAAAACAAAGAGGAAGAGUUAAUCGAAAAAUUGGAGGUGGUCACAGUGCCGUCCCCAUCCCCAAAAGGACUACUAGUGAAGCAAUAUGCUGUCCAGUCUCAGCUUCCAGUGUAUGAGUGGCCAGAUGUGGGAUCUGGAGAGUACGACGUUGGAGUGGUCGCUUCAUUUGGCCGACUUUUGAGUGAGGCUCUUAUUCUUAAAUUUCCCUAUGGCAUACUGAAUGUCCAUCCCAGUUGCCUCCCGAGGUGGCGUGGUCCAGCCCCUAUAAUCCACACCGUGCUUCACGGAGACACAGUUACUGGAGUGACGAUUAUGCAAAUUAAACCUAAAAGGUUUGAUGUCGGCCCAAUUCUCAAACAGGAAACGGUUCCUGUGCCACCUAAGAGUACUGCCAAGGAACUGGAGGCAGUGCUGUCAAGAUUGGGGGCCAACAUGCUUAUUUCAGUUUUGAAAAAUUUGCCUGAGAGUUUGAGCAAUGGAAGGCAGCAGCCAACUGAGGGAGUGACAUAUGCCCCUAAGAUAUCUGCUGGUACCAGAUGUAUAAAAUGGGAGGAACAAACUUCAGAGCAGAUAUUCAGACUUUAUCGUGCCAUUGGAACUAUAAUUCCGUUGCAGACUCUCUGGAUGGAUAAUACCGUUAAACUUCUGGAUUUGGUAGAAGUUAAUAGUUCAGUCCUCACUGAUCCAAAAUUAAGAGGACAACCUGUUACUCCAGGAUCAGUAGUAUACCACAAACAGUCACAAAUACUGCUGGUUUGUUGCAAGGAUGGCUGGAUUGGUGUUCGAUCAGUGAUGCUCAAGAAAACACUAACAGCUACUGAUUUCUACAAUGGGUAUCUGCACCCCUGGUACCAGAAAGAUUCCCAACCUCAGCCAAGGCAAUGCAGAUUUCAGACUCUCAGACUUCCAAUAAAGAAGAAGCAGGGAAAAAAAAUUGUUGCUAUGCAACAGUGCAUUAAGUAGUUAGGAAGUAGAUGGAUAAGAACCUACUACAUAUUUGUAAUUUAUUAAAAGCCUUAUUUACAAGGAAUUAUCUUGACUAUCAAAGAAGAUGACACUGUUGGAGGGAAAGGAAGGAAGAUUAUUGUCAAAAGAUGAAUUACUUCACUUCCCAUUUUUUGUUUAACAGUAGUUAAAACCACUUUUUCUAUUUGAGUAACAAAAAGAGCUUUAAAUAAAACUUUUAUUUAUAAUGUGAAACUCAA